AUGAAGGAUAAACAAAAGCCCAAGAGCGCGGGAACCGGUGCCAAAACGGUUGGGAAGACCCCCCAGGAGAAGAAGGAGAGUAAAAAAUCAAAUUUUCUUGUGAGGACCAUAUGGACAUGGAUCAUGAUCGCUGGUUUCUUUAUUACGCUUGCGUCCGGCCAUUUCUGGUGUAUAAUGCUGAUAUUGGCGUGUCAGAUUGCUACUUUUAAGGAGUGUAUCGGUGUGACAAGCGAGUCUGGACGUGCGAAGAAUCUACCCCUAACAAAGACUUUGAACUGGUACUUCUUGUUCACCACAAUUUACUAUUUGGACGGUAAGUCGCUGUUUCAAUUUUUCCAAGACUACUUCAUAGAGUACAAGGGGCUUACUUUACUCGCGGCCAACCAUCGCUUUAUCUGCUACUGUUUGUACUUGCUUGGGUUCGUGUUGUUCGUUUGCAGUUUGCGGAAAGGUUUCCUUAAGUUCCAGUUUGCCUCGCUAUGUGCGACUCACAUGGUGUUGAUGUUGGUGGUUGGACAGGCCCAUUUGAUCAUCAAGAAUGUGAUCAACGGGUUGAUCUGGUUUUUGUUGCCAUGCGGGCUCGUGAUCGUCAACGAUAUCUUUGCAUACCUGUGUGGGAUCACCUUUGGUCGCACCAAGCUUAUUGAAAUUUCCCCAAAGAAAACUUUAGAAGGUUUCUUGGGAGCCUGGUUCUUUACCGCCCUGGCUAGCAUCAUUCUCACCAAAAUCUUUUCAUCUUUCAUGUACAUGACCUGCCCGGUUAAGGAUAUCCACACCAAUUUCUUCUCAAACUUGACCUGUGAAUUGAACCCGGUCUUUGUGCCGCAGGAUUAUAGACUACCGCCCAUCAUCUUUGAUAAACUAGGCGUUUCCGUGCUUACAGUGAAACCAAUCUACUUCCACGCUUUGAACCUGGCCACCUUCGCCUCACUUUUCGCACCAUUUGGUGGGUUCUUUGCUUCCGGUUUAAAGAGAACUUUCCAAGUGAAGGAUUUUGGUCACUCAAUUCCAGGCCAUGGUGGUAUCACCGACAGAGUCGACUGCCAGUUUAUUAUGGGCUCCUUCGCCAACCUAUAUUACGAAACAUUCAUCAGUGAAAACAGAAUCACCGUCGAGACAGUGCUUUCAACCAUCCUGAUGAAUUUGGACGAGAAACAGAUCGUGCGAUUGAUCUCCACCUUGAACGCCAUCCUUUUCAAGAAAGGUAUCUUCACAGAGCAGAAAUACAAGCAACUCGCUUCGAUAUACAAUGCUGCUACAGACAAGCUUGAUUAG